GGAAGAUGGAAACUCACCAAUCUCAAAAAAUCCCAAGCAUCUAACUUCAUUUUUUAACGCACAGCUAAUGGAACGAUGAGCAGCAUUCAUGGGCACAAAGCAGAUGGGAAUGUUAGACUUUGAGAACUGACUGGAAAUAUAAUACUCUCUUAUGGAAUUCUCAGGUUGAGCGAUGGAAUCUCUUUUAGCACAAAUAAUGUGUCAGAAGUACUCAAGGAUUACAAAAUGGGUAAAUGGAUAAGAGUAAUUAUAAUAUAAUGACAUUAAAAAUCAUAGUCACUUAAGCAGUCCACAAUGUUUGUCUUAAUGGACAAUGCAAGUACUCAUCACACAAAAGAAGAAGGAAAGAAGUCUGAAAGUAAAAUGCUGGAAAUAAGGAACAGUGAGGAAAUUAAUAGCCCUCUCUACAACAACAUCACAGAACAGAACAUUCAUCUCCGUGGAGGUCUGUCAGAGGCCAGCAGGGGAAAUAUUUUGGCCGAGGCAUAUGUCACUCCGGUGUCAUGCCCUAGCAAGGAACCUCUCCCAAGCACCUGGAUUACUUCAGUGACCAGAAAGGAUGAAGAACACAUGAAGAGAAGUGCCCCUGCUGAUCCCAUUCAAGAAAGGCUCGUGGGGAGCAUUCUUCCAUAUCCAGUGCCACCACAGAGGACAGGAGAACAUGGACAGAUUCCUUCUAUUUCCCAAGUGCCGAACAUCAGAAGACACGGACACGGGGAAGUUUACAUGGUCAUGGAUUCAAGCGUGGCAAGAGACCCUUUUAUCCCGGUGACGAGUGAUUUCAUGAAUCCCAGUGGACUUGGCAUCCAAAGAGCUGGCUAUGAAUUUCGGACGCUGGAAAGUGAGCAUGUCCCGAGUGAGAGAUUAGUCGAGUUGCAGCCAUUUCAAGAGCGACAGGUGCCAGGGGGUGCAACAGAUGUGUUGGGGAUGACUUGUAGAACUCAAGACAUGAGGCAUUUUGAAGUUGAUGAUGGAUCAAGAGGGAAUUACAUAGGGAGGGAGUUAUCUCAUGAAGGCUUUUUUAAAGUUGGACAUUUUAUGGAAAACAGAAGUGAUUUUGCCAGUGGAGUGCAUGAGGCUGAUAGAUCGGAGAAACUGAUGACGAAUGUGGGAAGUGAACCUCUUACAGAUUGGAGUGCUGACGCUAGUAUAAAUGCUGAUAUUGCUCAGAGGGCGGCAGAGUGGGAGAAGUAUAACAGAAUGACUGGUUAUGUAGUAGAUAGACGGAGUUCUGAAAAAGUGAGUGAUAGGCUGCACAUGGAGUGGAGCCAAGUAAGAGGUAAUGAGAACGUGAGUGGUGAAGAUCCAACGUACAAAUUCAGUGAAACUAAUAACAGACAGGAUAUCGGGCAUGAGGGAACUAAAGGUGGUGAAUCUCAAAUACCAGUUGACAGUGGUGUGACAAAACUUAUAAAUAGUGUAAAUAGAAAUCCGCCCAGCCAUUCAGUUGGCAUAGAAGAAGGUGCUGCUGUACUUGAGGCAAAUUCAGGUUUGAUUGUGGGGAAAGAAGAGCCUAAGGCUGUAGAAUUGGAUGCCCAGAAUACUGGCCCAAGCAGUGAUGGGGAUGAACUCUUAAAUGAUGUUGGUGCUGAUGUGACCUUUGAGGAGAGUAAGGAAUUGGAUCUAGAGAAUUUUGAAACUAAAGUAAACAACCAGUGCAAAAGCCACAAAAAAGCAAAAGGCAAUAUCUUUGUAGUAGAGACCAGAAGUAAUAUGGUGCCUGUAAAUGGUCCCUUAAUGAAGGGCCAGCGCAUGAUGCCAGGCACCUGGCGCAAGAGUAAGCGGAAAAAGAAGAACUUUUUUUAUGAAAAGCGCAAGCAGAACAGGAGGAAAGAGUGCAUGGUUCCGGGAUGUUUCCUGAGAGCAUGCAGUAACAGGUUUGUAGAAUUCCCGGAAGACUUGGAGAGGAGGAAAGAGUGGGCGGAGAUAACCAAGUUGAAUGAGAAAUUCCCUGAUGUGGAUCCUCUGGUGCCUUUGCCCAUUCGAGUGGGUCUGUGCAUGGGACACUUCCAGGAGGACGACUUCAACGUUAUACCCCGAGGAGAAGGGAAAGUUUGCUCACUGAAGGACGGAGUUGAUCCCAGCAUUUUCCCAUGGGUCGAAGAUGCUGUGUCCAUGAAAACUGGCAUGGAUAUUUUCAAGGGCAGCAAAGCUAGCCGUGAGGCGAAGCUGCUCACAAGGAUGAAGAGUGAGUUGGACAAUAUGCUUAACCCACCAAGUCAAAGUGAGUUCAUCAUUCACUCCUACCAGCCUAGAAGAAAAAACAUUGUGCCUCCUCUCAAGAUUAGCCUGAGGGCUUGUGUUGCAAGUGCCAAGAAAAAAAAGAAAAAGGCAGCUAAGGCAAAAAAGAAGCACAAUCGAGAGAGAAAGCGAGAGAAGGGCUAUGAUGUAAUUUCCAAUGAAGAUCCCCUCUAUGAUGUCAAAGUUGAGAACUUUGAGAACUUUGAAGAGGAUAUCAUAGAAAGAGAGCCUAGCAUGGAGGGCCACAGCCUGAGCUCAUCUACUGAUCAGGGAGCCCAGGCCUUCACUGGCCUAAAUCACUUUCUGGCACCCUAUUUUAAUGGUACGCCUGUCAAUGAACACCCAAGCCCUGACAUCUUAGGGUCAGUUAAUGUACACCUCAUAGCAACAUGUGUUCAGGCAGCUAUAAGUCCUAUGAUGGCAAGAUUGGAAGCUUUCCAAGAGACUGUUGAAAGCAGGAUGGAGCAGCUAGAGGGCAGAGUCAGCACACGUCUAGGAGUCUUAGAAGAAAAAGUCAGUAUUUGCCUGGAAAAACUUGGCCAGGUUGUGCCAAACACAACACAAAGAAGAAACAUGGAUGCAGAAGCUGUAGGCACUGAUGCACCUCAGGAGGACCCAAGUCCAGCUGGAACGUUUGAAAUAUCGGACUUAAAUGCCUGUGAGGGGGAAACGGCUGCUCAACCCACACUCACAGAGGAUCCCAUUCAACCACUGGGAGAUGAGGAGGCUGCUGAAGCGGAUGCAUCUCCCAUUGCCUCGGGAAGUGGAUUCACAGACUCAUCAAUUCAUCAGAUGGAGAUGGACCUGAAACCCUUUGCCAUUAGUGAGAGGGAGUAUGAGAUGAUGGAGGGAGAAGAUUUGGAAGUACAAAUGAACAAUGCACCUUGAUACUCAAAUUUGCAAGUGCAAUUUUCUUUCCUUUUAUGAAAACGAAAACUCAUUUUUGUUCAUCUUAAAAACUAGUCAUCUGUCACAACAAUGUUUGGUCAUGUGAAUAUUAUUGGAUUAUAAAUAGAAGAAAGCUAUAUUGUCAAAAAUAUAUAUAAAUUCUUUGAUACUGUUAAUCAAAAUUUACUUGCGUGUUAUUGAGCAUGUGAGUGGUUUAGUAAAUCACUGACAGAAUGAUAGAUGGAAUAAUCAAAUUUGUGAGUGAGUGAAUGAGUGAUUGAUUGAUUGGGUUGUUGGUAGGUUGGUUUAUUAAGUAAUACAUUUAGUUAGUGAAAGAGUGAUAUAGUGAGUGAAUGAGAAGAAUAUUGCAUAAAUGAGUGGGUGAGGGACUGAAUGAAUGGCUGAAUUAGUGAGUGAAUAAAUUAUUAAACAGUUGAAAGAAUGAGUGAUUGGUUACUUGUGUGGUUUUUCAAAGCAUUCAUGUGUGAUAGUGAUUAUGUAAGUAUUUUUAUGCAAAUUCUGAAUGAAAAUUCAUUUCAGGGUAUAUGAAUUUUCAGGGUAUAUUCAGCUGAGUGUAUUUAUUUUCACUAUUUUGUAAAUGUUUAUAUAUGCAUUUAUAUCAUCUCUUUUGAAUACAUGGAAGUAGCACUGUAUACUAGAAAAAAUAGGUAUAUAGUUUCUCAAUACAAAAUUUACAAUUCUGUAGUAUUUAGUUCUAGAUGAAAGAUAUUUUAUACUUCUAUUUGCUCCACAUCUGUUUAUGGCAUUGUAUGAAUAAAUGUAGAAAUGAAGGAAUAAGUAUAUAUACAAUAUUUGAAGCAU